AGCUGCGUGAUUUGUGCUGAGCCGGGCCCCCAGGCCAUCAACAGUGGGGCCAUGGGCAGCCGCAGCACGUCCGCUGGUGAGGAUGGCAGCUUCGUCGACGAGUACUCGGUGCGCAUCGAAGUGUAUGAAACCGAAGUGACCGAUUCCGGUGGAAGUUCGCCGAUCAUCAAAAUCUCAGGCUUGUGCGACGCUGUUGACCCAGCAACAUACCUACGACAGCACUCCAUGGAGCACCUGACAGCUACGGGUCAGACUCCAGACCACAGUGUCACGCACGCGUACAAAGAACGAGUUCCCAGAUUCCAGUCCUUGCAAGUGCUGCGCAGUGGGCCCGCUGCUCAUUUGUGGCUACAACCAGAAAGCUCCGUCAUUCGAGACACUGCGCCCGUGAAGGAAACGCUGAAUGACCCACCAAGAUGGGAAAGCCCCGUCACCGAUGCGUUCGCCGGCGACACUGACCGCAAGUGGCCCAGCCGGUCUACCAUGUUUACCGCGGCAGGCAGAAAAAGCAGAGCACAUCAGUGCACGCCGCAGGACUGCAUUUCAUCACUAUUCCAAUGCCGUGAGCAAUGCUCGGCCUUAGGGAGACGCCCGACAAAAAACCGUGGCUGCAACAGACCGGCGAGGCAGAGCACUGUCGUCAGUAAAGACACAAAAUACGCGUCUUUGAGGCCCCACGUACCACGCAGCCGUAAGAGAACGACGAUUCCAUCUAGACUCUCCAGAAGCUUUUGGGAUGCCGAUAACCAAGGGAGCCGAGGCAGUGGCUUCUCACACGUACUUGACAGGCUUCCUUGCGGUGUAUGCCGUGCUGUGGAACAAGUGACGCGGUGUCACCUGGACUGCAUCGAAGAAACUGUGACAACUCGUCACCUGCCAGCCACGGAAACGAGAAAAAUUGUGCGUCACCACGCCUACGAAUCCUCGCUUCAAGGAGGUUGGGGCUGCGCAGACCUUUGUGCCGUGUACCGAAAAUUACCUCCUCAGAUAUUUCGUCAAGAUUGUCAGUGGGCCGGGCCGAGAGUGGAAACAAAAACGGCCGCGGAUGAAAUGAGGGAAAUUUACGUCUCCACUAGCGAUAGCGUGUGGCUAGAUGCCCUCACCUCACCCUUCCCAAGAAGGGACAUCUCAACGAAGAACGCUUCGACAAGGAACAGGGAAUGGUCACGCGCUUGCUCUGUGGUAGACGCAGCUACUACAACUACGACGGGUGCCCGCGGCCAUGAAACGAAGACGCUGCUUCCGUCGCAGGCGACGCUACCCUCUAUUGUCACGUCACUCGUGGACCGUUUUGCCGUCACUUGUUAUGAGGUAGUUAAAAGGCUUUCCGCCGCCGAAUCAGACAAAGUGGACAUAUACUUGUCAGAAAAUUUUGUAGAAUCCACUCCCGAUGUUUGGAAUAGGGUUAUGGGACAUGUGCAGGAGAGAAUGGCCGGUGUGGCGCCCCCUUUUGUUGGAGGCAGAAUCUGUCCGGCUGAUGGUAUGAGGGGUGAAGGAGAGUGUCCCGUAGAACGCAAAACAAAAAAGGUCAUGCGGUGUUCCCAGAAGAAUGCCGUCGAGGCUGGACAUUAGUGCCAAGUAGGACUUCUCCAGCCGCCGGCGAUACAGUCAUCUUGCCCUGGCUAUGUUGCCUCCCGGUACGGAUUGAGGCCAUGCCUUACCAUUUAAGGGAUAUGCUCAUUACAUGACCUGCUUUUACGGCGCGGCACCGAACACAAGCGGAAAAUGACAAUUACGUGGUGAUACACUGACGUUAUAUAGCUUAGCGUGUAGGUGCUCGGCUGUCUUUAGCAUUCGCCGUCGGUAUUGCUGUAAGUUGUUGACGUAAAUAUUGAGUAGUGCUCUGAAAUCGUGGGGUAUAACAAAUUUGAAUAAAAGAUGUAGUCCACGCAUUCUUCUUUACUGUUGUUG